AUGAGUACUCUUCCUACAGGAUCCAACCCGAAUACAAACACAUUUACCUGUAACUCGUGUGGGAUACAAUUUGUUAGUGCCGAGCUUCAGAGAAAGCAUAUGAAAACCGACUGGCAUCGGUACAAUUUAAAGAGAAGAAUUGCCAACCUUCCAUCGAUUUCCUCAUCACUAUAUGCCGAAAAGGUUUUGAGUGGACAUCUCAAGACAGACGAGUAUAAUGAAAACGAGGAUGAGAAUGGAUUUUACGUCACAAAGAGGAAACAAAAGCAAAAUACCAGAGCGUUCCAAGUCAAUGGUAGUAAAUCUCGACAAGUCUUCUCUCUGAGAGUGGAAGAGGCCGGCAGAGGAAGACAAAAAACUUUAGUAUCCCCGGGCCAAAGAGAAGUCCAAGUUCGAAGCACUAGUCCCGCAGCAUCUGUGGCGUCGGAGCUUUCUGAGUUUUCACUAGGCUCAACUGAUCAGGGCCAUGAAUUAUCCGAAUGGGACUCUCGCAACUCGGCAAUCUCAGAAUUGAGUCACCCAGCACUGUCAUACUCAAGAGGCUUUGAUAGUGACGAUGCCGAUCUGGUUGUAUGCUCAGACGAUAUUACCUUUGCGGAAGAGACCAGCCCGAAAGUGGAAGCCUCAAACAUUUCUCUUACUACCUGUUUUUAUUGUGGCGUAUCGAAUGGCGAGAUUGAAAGCAAUAUCAAGCACAUGUUUAAGAAACAUGGGUUAUACAUUCCAGAACGGUCCUACUUGAUUGAUAUUGAAGGGCUUUUGAGUUACUUGAGGGAUUUUUUGGUGCAAAAUAAAUGCAUUGUAUGUGGUUACAGCGGAAGAAGUAUACAGGGGCUCAGACAACAUAUGAACUCUAAGGGCCAUCGCCGGAUUCCAUAUGAAACAAAACAAGAAAGGCAACUAUUGGCGAGAUUUUAUGAUUUUAGUUUCAGUGAUCCAACCAGUGAUGGUCAAGAUACAGCAAAGAGCAACAAGACGGUAGUUUUUGCUGAUGAAAACAACACAACAGUCUCUGAAGGCGAUGAAAUGGGUUCAGAAAAUCAUUAUUAUCAUCAACAAGGAGAGGAAGAAGAAGAAGAUGAAGAAGAAGAACAAGGAGAGGAAGAAGAAGAAGAAGAAGAAGAAGAAGAAGAAGAUAACCUCGAAGACAUCAACAGCAAUUAUGCGUUGGUACAGAUUGACUCCUCUGGUGUCGAGUUGACAACACCAGCGGGCUCGCGAAUAGGUCACAGGUCUAUGGUGAGGUAUUACCGGCAAAACCUCCCCCUCCCACUUGCAACUGAACCUGACGGUAGAAAGACAAAUGCCUUGGUGGAUCGUCGAUUUGCACCGGGAUUAACAUAUCACCAAAUCACAAAGCAGGAAAGAGAGGUGCAAAGGCUUGAACAAAAUGCGAGAAACGAUUACGUGAGAAAGCUGAAGCCUAAGAAGAUCAAUUACCAAAAACAUUUCAGAGAUGAAAUUUUGGGAACAUGA